AUGGACCGAGUAGAGUUCUCACUCUUCCAUCCACCAUCGCGCAGAGAGUAUCGAUUCGCCACUCCCGAUAGCGAGGCCAACAUAUUGUUUGAUGAGAAGGAGUCGGAAGCGCGUGGCUUUCGCGUCGUCAAGGCUGGAACAUUGGAAAAGCUGGUCGAGUUGCUGACUCAUCCUCAACACACCGACACCGAGUAUCUGCGCCACUUUCUGACGACCUACCGUUCCUUCUGUGAUUCCGAGCGGCUACUGGAGCUCCUGUUGGAGCGCUACGAUGUGCCAGAUGCUGAAGCAGUGCGCCACGAUGCCAAGCAGGCUCGUUUUUUUCACAAACAGUACCGAAGCCCAGUGCGUCUGCGUGUGAUCAACGUUCUCAAGCAAUGGGUCGAGAAGCAUUUUUAUGAUUUUCAAGCGCCUCAGGCCCGGCCCAGUGAUCCGGUGGUUGUGUCGCGUCAGGAAAUGAGAAGGAGAUGGUACGUCAGCGCGCGCACGGGACACAACCGGCAUGGAUCUGCCGGCACAAGUCCCUGGCAUCGGGCGCACGGCAGGCACUCUCGCUCAUUUCGUCACUUGCUCAAUUUUCAUCCGCAAGAGGUCGCGCGCCAGAUGACCAUCAUCGAGUUUCACUUGUACAAGCGCAUCUGGCCAUCGGAGCUGGUCGGCCUGAUGUGGACCCGGCGUGACAAGUGGCAACAUGCACCAAAUGUGCUGAACAUGACCGUGCGCUCGACGCUGGUCACGCGCUGGCUCACGCGCUGCAUUGUCGAGACUGCAAACCUCAACGAGCGUGUUGAUUUGAUCUCCAUGAUCGUCGAGAUCUUGAAGGAGCUGCGGUCCCUCAACAACUUCAACGGCAUGAUGGAAGUGGUAUCGGCGUUGAACAGCGCAGCAGUGCGCCGGCUCAACCACGCAUGGGCCGAAGUCAACCCUCGUCGACGCGCUCUUUUCGACGAAUGCGUGGAGCAGCUGAUGGGUGGUACCAACUACAGUCGCCUUCGGCAGGCCAUUGAGCACGCGCCCGCGCCCAAGAUCCCAUUCUUUGGCAUGUACCUCACCGACAUGACUUUCAUCGAGGAGGGCUCCAGCGAUACCAUCCCGUCACCGCUGGGCGGCGUGCCUCUGAUCAACUUUAGCAAGCGGCGGCUGCUGGCGCGAACGACGGGUACCAUUCAACAGUAUCAGAAUCAACAAUAUGUAUUGGCUGAGUGGCCCUUGCUGCAGGUUGGUGUCGUGUCCCCAGCCGUUUGUUUCCUUCUUUGGCUCUCACCCGGGCCUUGGCGCACGUGCUUUCCCUCACGGCGGCUCCCACCCUAA